AUCGAAACUCAGCUGUUAAAACCGCUCUCCUUGUUCUUCCGAACUCAUUCCUCGAGCCUCCUGGGAACCCUCUCCAACAUCCCUCCCUCAAAGGCUGAGGCCAGCACUUAACAGGGAGGCUGUGGACCAUGUACACCCACACCCGAAGUAGGGUGGUGGACCCAGGGUUGGGCACUUCCUCCAUCUCUCGGGACCACGCUGGGCAUGGGCAGCGCAGGGAGCUGGGCCUGCAACAAAGCCAAAGACAGAGUUUGGAGGUGCCCGUUCCCAAGGAUGCUAUGAUGGAGAGGCAAGGGCGUGCUGACCAGAAGGGUAAGUCUACAAGAGAAGAAAAAAGUCUUAAAGAGAUUGACUCACAUGCGCCACCUAGAGGAGUGAUGUCCUACAAGAACAGUCUACCAAGAAGCAGUGGUGUUGGAGUUCAGCACACAGGCACGCACACCUUGAUAGCACCGAAUGAGAGCCGAAGGCAGAAGAUGCAAAGAAUUGCUGAGCAGGAACUGGCAGACCUGGAGAGGUGGAGGCAGCAGAACAGGCCUAAAGCAGUCUACUCGGUGCCACAACGGCUGGGUGGAAGCCAGUCUGAGUCUGAAGUGAGGCAGAAACAACAGCUCCAACAGAUGCGAUCUAAAUACCAGCAAAAGCUAAAGAGAGAUGAAUCUAUACGAAUCAGGAAGGAAGCUGAGGAAGCCAAGCUCCAACACAUGAAGGCAAUCCAGAGGGAGAAGAGUAAUAGACUAGAGGAGAAAAGGCAACUUCAAGAAACCCUCAGAAGAGACACAUUCAGGGAGCAUCACCAAAAAAAAACUGCUGCGUUCUUGAGCAGACUGGACCCAAACCUAAGAAACAGAAGUGCUUGUCAAAGUGUUCCUCAUACUGACCAGUCCUCAACUUGGAAACUUCCAGUCCUGCCUAGAGAUUCAAGUUGGGCCAGUAGCCAAACAUACAAGGAUUCUCUGUGGAAUGGAGACAACCAAAACUUGCAAAAGACGGGGGAUGGACAACAUCAGAAGAAUAAAUUACUGGAAACCAAAGGACAGCACCAAGAGGAAGAAAGAGCCCGAAUCCAUCAAGCUGAGCACUGGAGGGUAAAUAAUGCUUUUCUGGACCGUCUCCAAGGCAAAAGUCAACCAGGUGGCCUGGAACAGUCUGGAGGCUGUAAGAACAUGAAUAGUACCAACAGCUGGGGUAUAUAAGAAGCAGUCACUUCCAUAUGGGCUUCAUCAGCUGACCUUGAAAACCCUCACAAGUUGCUUUUUCUUCAUGCAAUACAAUUUUGUUUGGCUUCAGUCUUCAUACCUCAACUUCAACUUCCCACCCACUCAGAUGAGCAGUUGUGGGUGGCCAGUUUCCCUCUGUCAUUAGUUAUGUGUGGAUUUAGAGGCUCAUUACUGACUCAUGUUUAAUCUCUCCCAACAGCAUAAUGUUACCUUAUUUUUCCUAAUUAGUUCUGCCUCUUAUUAGAAGGAUAAUUAGAACAAUGUUAGUAAAAUAGUGAAAGGGAAUCACGUGACAUUCAGGGUAGUUAGAGCUGUGGAUGCUAUAGAUUUGUGUCUCCUAAUUUACUCUUUUUCUUUGCUAAUUCUUACAGCAGGUUUGCAGAUCUUUUGGGGUCUUUUUAAAUUGCUACUUUCUUAAUCUAGGGUACUAAUGUGAGCAAAAGGAGAUCUCUUACACUAUUAUAGACAAAUUCAUAAAUACAUUCCAAGCUGCUUCUGUAUAAAUGGGUCAUUUUUUAAAUGCAACGUUCUCAAAGAGUCUGAUUACAACAUUCACUUUUACAAUCCAUAUAGAUCAAACACAGUGAGCAGUCACUAUUGGAUCUUCCUUUGGUCUUUAUACAUUUACUAGUGUUGUUCCCCUGAUGUUCAAAGUGGAAAAAAAUUGUUUAUUGGAAAACCAAUGUUUACAUAAAAAUUAACUAGACACAGCUAUGGCCCCUUAUCUGACUUAUAGGUAUGAGGAAAACUUAUCUUUUCUGUGUUCUGAGGAACCUACUUUAUUAGGCUUUCCUGCUCAAACUCUGUGACCUUGAAUAAGCGCAUCAUUCUUAGAGUAAAAGAAUAUUGAUCGAUCUCUAUACUGUGUAGUUCAGUCCCACAGCUACCUUCCCAUCCUCUGGGAUGCAUUGUACUUAGUGUUUCAUAGAAUAAAGUUUGGAGGAAUGAAUUUAUCUAUAUCUAUGUAUAUAUGUAUGUGUGUAUAUGUAUAGAUAUAGAUAGAUAAGUAGAUGAUAGAGAUGAUAGAUUUGUAGAAAGAGAAUAGAUGAAUGAUAGACAGAUAGAUUAAUGAUAGUUUUGGGUAGCUGAGCAAUCAAUAAUACUCUGUAGCAUUUUACCAAAUUCUCUGUUAAGUUUAAUUUUACAAAUCCCUAUAUCCAGGGAAACACUGGGAUUUGAAAUCUUGGGCCAUGAUGCAUAACUCGGGCAAUGGUGCCAUGCAGAGAGCUCCAUAUUGGGUGGGGUAAAGGUGGCUAAGAACACAUGGUGUUCUGGUAAUUUCUCUAGAAUAAAAAAAUGCAGGUAUUGUUGUUUUCCUGUUCUCUGCCAACAGAUGUUGCUUGCAUGCUGCUGACACUAAUAUGAAAUGUUUGGUUCACUCUAAACCCUUGUCAUUAUCAUAUAUGAAGAAAACUGAAUCCCUCAGCCUGUGUUGGAAGUACUGCCAAACUAAUUGUAAAUAUACCGAGGUAGCAGACAUUUUACUGCCAUGGCAAGAAGCCACUUUAGCCCUUCACCUGCCAUCCUGGCUCCCUCAUAGAUAGGUUUUGGUGUGUGUCUUCCGGAAUGGUAUUCCCCACUGUGGUGACUGUCACAAUGGACCCAGGGAUAGGUGAAAGGAUGCUUUCUUCUUUUGAAGGCUCUUGGGGAAGUUUGGCCCAAUCACCUCCUUCAUAUAUGACAUUUGUCAUACUCUCCAACAGAUUUUAUUCUUGUGUCUGGUUCCACUUUUUUUUUAAGUACAGGUAUGGAAAAUUACAACAUGAUGGCUGGGAUUAUAAAUAUGUAUGGACUAUAAGUAUCUUUCCUUAAGAAUUUCUUAAAGUAUGUAGAUGGAAGUUACUAAGAAAGAAACAUGAACCACUGCCUGAGGGAGCCUACUAUUAUGUUUUUCAUAUUUAACCAGCCUUGAUGAACCAACUGGAAUAAAUUUGACUUGCAAGUAACUCUGGAUAGGAAAUCCCUAAGUCCUUGUCUAUAUUUCUAUGUUUUGAGGGUGCUUUCUUUUUUCUGGGAAAGAAGCAAAUUAUUAUAAAAUAAAGCAUGUGUUGUAGAAAUAAA